ACUGACGCACUGAGAGCCUUGCAACAUAGCUCAAAAUAUUUCUUCUCUUCAGUCAAUUGCUUUGGAUUGGAGGUGUAUGGUCGCGUUCAAAUUAUGGAUCUACUCGUCGCAGGUGGAAUAGUGCUUUCUUUGGUCUUGGGUUGUGCGUUAUGCGAUCAACUUGAUUCUGCUAACAAUGCGAUAUUACCGCAAAUAUACGAAUAUGAAGACUUUUACACGUGUCGACAAAAAUUCAAAAACUUUGUAUACUGUGUUAGCGAUACUACACUUCAACCAAAUACAUCGAGCAAUCUAUGGAAACGCAUAUUACAAUUGCAAUCCAAUCGUAGGAAUUUCCCGCAUGAUCAACUGGAACGAGGAUUGUGUCUAAACGAGUAUUAUGAUGACGUGACGCUUAAUAAUGAUACAUAUAAGUUAUUAGAUACCUAUAUAUCCAAUAAAAUCUACAAUCAGUAUGGCCUGAACAGUCAUUCAAAAAUUAACUUUUGCUGGACGACAACACAUUUUACCCAGCAUAGAACAUUUGGCGAGUGUUUCUUCGUUUUCAUUUCGUUGUUACUAAUCUUGACAACAUCAUUUGCUACCUGGAAGGAAUUGAACAACUCUGCAACUGAUUCAAUAAUAAUUAAAUCCUUUUCUGUACGAAGAAAUCUGCAAUGCUUAUUGGUAGCAUCAAAACCAAACUCACUGCCCUAUCUGGAAGGUUUACGGGCGCUAGGCACACUAAUAAUAUUGAUAGUGCAUUCGCAAUUGCCAAUAAUACGAAUGCCUGUGUGGAACACGGAAGAUCUAGAAUCGCAAGCCAACCAUGUAAUGUUUCCUCUAAUUAAUUCUGCAAACACUCACAUGAUACAAUUUUUCUUUACUCUGGGAGGAAUGGUAUUCGGGAUAAGCUGUCUCUCUCACUUUGAACGAUUUCCUGAAUUCAAAAUCAUGUAUUUCCUGAUAAAAAUAUUAAGGCGUUUGAUAAGGUUGCUACCAGUAUAUGCGUUCAUUAUCAUUUACCAAGCAACAUGGUAUAAGCGUAUGAAGCAGGGACCAUUGGAGUAUAAAUUUAACGAUUACUGCUUAGAGCAUUGGUGGACAAAUUUAUUAUUUAUAAAUAAUUAUAUUCAACCGACCAAACCCUGCCUUCAGUUCAGUUGGUAUUUGGGUGCAGAUUUUCAGUUGUUCCUGAUUGGAUCGGUUUUACUUAUGGCAGUGUGGAAGUAUCCUCUCAUUAAGAAUCCUUUGAUAAGUUUGAUGAUUUUGGCUGCAUUAUCAACUCCGGCUUACGUGAUCUAUAAUACAUCAACCGAUGCAACCAUGAAUUUUGACAUGAGGCAUGCAUUAGCUGAGCUUCGUACCUAUGAUCAUUUUUUAAAAUAUUACUUGCCAUCACACACAAACAUUAGUAGUUAUUUUUUUGGAAUAAUUGCCGCAAUGAUGUACAUGAAAUUUAAUAGAAGCGAUUCACAGCACAUAAUUAAACAAUUACUUCAAAAACUGCUAACCUUCUCGUUGGUAAUAUUAUUUAGUUUGAAUAUUUCUACAACUUUCCUACCAUUUGUUAACAUUGAUAACAAAAAAUCUAUCUUUAAUGCGAUCUUUGGUAGCCUCCUGAAAUGUUCGUGGGGCUGUAGUUACAGUAUAUUAUUUUUAGUUUUUGAACUGAAAAGUAAAUCAAGGUUGAUAAAUGUAUUAUCUCAUAAUUUAAUGCAUUUUUUAGCUAAAAUAAGCUAUUGUGUGUACAUAGUGCAAUACUCAGUUAUAUACGGACUUUACACCAAUUUCCAUGUUCCUAUGAUUUACGGAGGAUUCAAUAUGCUUUUGUUGACAUCUGCUAUCAUACUGUUAACACUUAUUUGCGCAAUGUUUCUUUACCUUGCGAUAGAAGCACCCAUCGUACAAAUCGGAAACAAAUAUAUUACUUUGCUAUCAGCAAACAACAGUAGUUCGAAGAAUGUAAUCGAGAUAAAACCAAUCAAACAACUCUAAACAGGAAAUAAAAUGUAAAAAUGAGUGCAGUAUCGCAAUAUAGAUAUCUGAUUCGAGCAAAAUCACUUUUUACUAAAUAGUACAAUACUACAGUAUGAACAAUCAUAAUACAUUCUAUCGACGAAAUAUAUCAGAUACUAAAUAAACGACAUAGGUGGAUACUCCAACGCUAUGCAACAACUCUGGAUUACUAAAGAUUCUAGGGUCUUGUUCCCCGGAAUAUUGCGAUUCAAAUCGAUUUUACGAGACGCUUAAGUUUUGCUACUGGAAACCCCUAAACUCGGCCCCAGAAUCUUCCGUAAAGUCAAAAUCUAUCCUGUGUUGUACCAUCAAGGGCGAAUUCACCUGGACCAUACAUCACACGUCAUUAACGGAAACAUUAGCUACAUGGUAAACAGUCUCAAUCAAUACGUAUAUUCCAUGAGUGAAGUCAAUCAAGAUCGAUCAGAAUGUGUACCAAGGUUAAUUGGAGGACAACAAGCUUCAUGGAAUUUUACAAAACAGCCACGUGCAUUUGAAGCAUUUCGAGUAGGCGACCAAGCCGUGUUGAACAACUCAAUCCAAAAUUUCUCGCUUUUCAACAAUUGCGGAACCAGCAAUAGAACGUUAAAUCAUUCGUCGUCAGAACAAACUCAUAAGACGUAUGGAUAAAUGAUGUACAAUCUAUGCACCAUCCCGAACACUUAGGUCUAGAGAAACUCUACGGCUCGCUCAACCCCGUUCCAGUGCUGGUCGAUCUGACCCUAUGUUCUGCAUGUGGGCUGUCUUCAAAACUAGCUUGGAUUGCUUCGACUUUGACAUCUCAACUCAGUGCUUCAAGGAACGUCCUCGGCUUUUGCCGUGGCCGCAGUGAAU